AGAUGGCGGUGCAGGAGAUGCGAAUGCACUUUUACACGAUUCUUCGUCGCUUCAGAUAUUUUGUUACGAAGUUGUGCUUCGUCACGGUGGAAAUAGGAAAGGCGAAAUCGCAAAUCGUAAUUUAUUGCGCAUUAUUUAGCAUUUGAAGAAGAGUGCUAUAUCCUUUGCUUUGUGUGCUGUUGUGUGUGCUCCAUCAUGGCUGUGGUCAUCCGAUUACAGGGACUCAGAAUCACGGCUGGUUCUGAGGACAUUCGCAAUUUCUUCACUGGGCUCAAAAUUCUUGAUGGUGGGGUUCAUAUAAUUGGCGGGGAGCUUGAGGAAGCUUUUAUAAUAUUUGCAUCAGAUGAAGAUGCAAGACGAGCGAUGUCACGCUCAGGUGGCUGCAUUAAGGGAUCUCCUGUCAACUUGCUUCUGAGUAGCAAGUCAGAAAUGCAGAGUGUUCUUGAGGAGAGCACUAGGAGGUCUGAGUUAAAAAGCAGGGGAAUAUACAAGGAGUGUGUCAAAAGACCUUCUGUGGUACAAGGUCCUUCAUCGAGAGCAGAUGUGCGAAGGGCAGAUAAUCCAGAAAUUAGGAACAGACCAUCACCAUCUUCAUUCAGUGAGACACGAAAUCAGAGGGAAGGGGCCGCUUUAAAUAGAGAUGACCUUUAUCUAAAAUUGAGUGGGAUGCCGUUCUCCACAACAAAGGAAAAUGUUCGUAACUUUUUUGACGGGUUACAAGUUGAAGACAUGCUCUUUUUGAGGAACCACCGUGGAACAUUUAAUGGACAUGCUAUUGUAAAAUGUGCUACCGCAGAGGAUGCCAUUGAAGGUCUGAAGAGGGAUCAUCAGUACAUUGGACCACGGUAUGUACAAAUAACAAGAUGCACAGAGGAGCAAUGGCUGAAAGAAGGGGGUGUUGUUAGAACAGACAAUCGGAAAAGACAGUCUUUAGACCGUGCAAGAUCCCGAUCUCCUGUUUCCAUUAGGUCACGGUCCCCAUCCCAUGAAGAAUACUGUGUCUUGUUUGAAAACUUGGCUCAUGCGAUUGAAAAGAGUGAUUUGAGAGCAUUACUUCAUCCGGUUCCUUUGAAGGAUGACCAAAUUAUUAUCUUUGUCCAAAAGAAGGACGAUAGAACCAGAUCGGCUGUUGUGGUGUUUAGAAAUCUUACAGACUAUUGUGCGGGCUUGGCUCAUCAUAAGGAAACAUUGCUGCACAAGGUUGUGUAUGUGUCACCUAUCUCCAAAGACAAAAUGGUUGCCAUGUUGGAAUUGUCUGUGGAUGAGAGAGAUGACAACAGAGGGUCAAGACGAUCGGUUGAAAUAUCCCAAUUGCAAAGAAGCAUUCCUGACUCAGAGAUGAGGUGUGUCUACGUACGCAAUCUGCCUUUUGAUGUUCGGAAAGUGGAGAUCACUGACUUCUUCCAUGGAUUUCAACUGUCUGAGGAUAGGGUGAUCUUAUUGCGUGAUGAAAGAGGAGCUGGGCUUGGUGAGGCUUUGGUGAUCUUCCAGUCUGAGAAGGAAGCCGUAAUGGCACAGUCCCUUAACGGACAAAGGUUUCUAGGAUCAGAAGUCAUGCUGAAGUGCAUAACGUUGGCCCAGAUGCAGGAUUUUGGUGUGAAUGAUCAGUCAAUGAUGAGCCCACCAGAAAAGACCAAUCAGAGAGCCAGAGAAGUUUACAAUGAUGGUCCUCAUUUAUCAAAUAUCCAGAUGCGUCCUGAUGAUUUUGAUAUGCAGCCUGAGUUGAAUCGUGGUUAUGGAGGUCGUGAUGGCUUUGAUCCUAAUUUUGACAACAGUAAUGCAUUUAGACCAGAAUCAGAUGAUAAUGUGCACCGUGGUUAUCGAUCUCAUGGCCAACAAUUUGAUGGUCCAACCUGCAUUAAAUUGCUCAAUCUACCCUCACAGAUAAGGAUUGAUGAGAUUUAUGACUUCUGCUAUGGAUACAGAGUGAUUCCAGGAUCGGCCUCAUUGCAGUAUGAUAGAAAUGGAGAUUCCAGACGUUCUGCAACAGUACUGUUUGAAAACCACAGAGAGGCACUCACCGCACUUCAAGAAUUAAAUGGAAGGCCAAUUGGCACCAGGAAAAUUCAGAUGAUAUUUAUGUAGAUAUGCACUCAGUUAUGGCAUCGAAGGAACUGGUGUGAUGCAUUAGUGUUGUCUGAAGUCCAAAAUAAUAACAAGAGUUACAUGUGUUUAAAAAAAAUGUCACUGAUGUAAUAAGGCUGAUGUUGUUUUAUUAUUUUUCGUUUGCCUUUAUGGAUUUGCAGAUGAGUACUGCUUUAUUUUAGAUUAAUACCUUUUGUACCCUAUUGUGACAGCUAAUUAUAAAUUCUGCUGUUGCCUUGGAGUAUGUCAAUUACAGUAUUUUUUUUUUUUUUUUAAAGUAACAAAUACUAUUUUGUUUCAUUUUGAGUUUUCUCUGUACAUGUUUUUUUUUUUUUUUUCAGUACUUUUUAGCCAUCUGGGGAAAAAACUGAUUUAAAAAUAAUCUUUCUUGUGAAAUUGUGAAUUUUCUGAGAUAAAUGGUUAAAUUAAAGGCAACAGCUUGUUAUUCUGACUAGGGCUGCAACUGACGAUUAUUUUAAUAAUUGACUAAUUCAUUAUUAUUUGAACAAUUAUUCGACUAUUCGGGCAAUUAUUGCAAUGAUUAAUCAUUAGCUUUUAACCGACUAUUCAGCUUGUGCUUCAGCUUAAAAGGUUGUAUUAAACUUGCUUAAUAACAACAAAGAGGACAAAAUCAUCUUUUUAAAAUAUCUCUAAAUGACAUUCACUUAAUUACAAAGUUUAAUUCAUUAAAAAGUC